AGGUUUUGAUUACACACGUGUCUGGUAGUGGCGAGAGACGUCUCUACUCGAAACCCGGUUUCUCCGAGUUUGGAGGGCAUCCCGUUCGAGUGAUUGUGAUAAGCGACUCUCGAGAAAUGUGUGCCUGUUUAUGAAAAAUAAAAGCCGCCGCCCUAAGAGGAAAAGUGCUCAUCCGCGAGAUCUGAGGCGGCACAGAAACCUCGCGAUGACGAAACCAUGUCUCAAACUCAGGAUUGGCACUCGUGAAUCCGCCCUCGCCAUGGCUCAGACAGAGCUUGUCGUCGAGAAAUUGAAAGAACUCCAUCCAUCGUACGAAUGGGAAAUCGUCUCCAUGAAAACGAAAGGGGAUGAAAUACUCAACAAAACGCUCUCCAAAAUUGGGGAAAAGUCUCUCUUCACCCGAGAGUUGGAGAACGCGCUCACCGCAGAAGAGGUCGACCUGGUUGUUCACUCCCUGAAGGAUUUACCGACAACUCUACCAGACGGACUCUCGAUCGGCGCGAUUCUCGAGCGUGAGGAGCCGGAAGAUGCGGUCGUUUUCCCGGCCAACAGCACAGCGAGGAGUCUGUCCGAUCUUGAUGAUGGGGCCACGAUCGGAACAUCCUCUUUGAGGCGCAUCGCACAAUUACGGCGGAAGUUUUCUGAUUUCGAAUUCAAGUCCGUUCGAGGGAACCUGAGCACGCGCCUACGGAAGCUCGAUAAUGACAAGGUGUAUGACGCCCUCGUCCUCGCUGUCGCUGGUCUCAAACGCUUGGGGUGGAAUGAUCGUAUAUCAGAGAAAUUAUCACCUGAUCAAUGUUUGUACGCCGUCGGGCAAGGUGCCAUUGCUGUCGAAUGCCGCACCAGCGACGCUGUUGUAACGGAACUUCUCCGGGACCUGAACCACAAUGACACCGCCUUAAGAUGCCUGGCAGAAAGGAGCUUCAUGAAAGCAUUAGAAGGCGGUUGCAGCGUUCCGUUGGGGGUUUAUUCGACUAUGGAAGGACGCACACUCCAUUUGGAAGGCGGAGUUUUCGCCUUCGAUGGACAGCAAGCUAUUAUUAAAACGAAGGAACUUUUUUUCAAAGACGGUGGUGAAAAAGGUCAGGGUGAAUGCCUCGUGGGUAUACAUUGCUCAAAGCUCAAAGACGCUGACGUGAAGCAGGCGAUUCGCUUGGGUGAAGACCUCGCAUCGGAAAUGCUCAAAGAAGGAGCCAAGGAACUCCUGGACAAAGCUCGACAGGACGCCAAGAACAGCAGUCUCUAGGACAGUUCACACCAUGCUCUUAUCGAAUUUAUGAGAUGUCAGUACUUACGCGUUGAUCAUUGUUGUCGGAAUGGGACUAGAUCCGCCCAGGAGUCUGAAUCAUCCAUACAGCUUGGCAUGGAUCUACGUUAAGUUAGGGUUGAUAUAUGGGGAGCAAAUUAUUUUGGAUACGGUCGCUGUGAACGAUGCUG